UGCGUGCCGCUCUCGGGUAAUGAGAGCGAGCGGUGGCGGCUGCGCAGUGGGGGGGGGGCACAUCCGGGCACUGGGGCAGGAUGAAUGCUCCUUUCCAAGAUGGCGGCGGAGGGAGGAGGGAAGGAGAUGAACGAGAUUAAGACCCAGUUCACCACCCGGGAGGGGCUGUACAAGCUGCUGAGCCACUCGGAGUACAGCCGGCCCAACCGGGUGCCCUUCAACUCGCAGGGCUCCAACCCAGUCCGCGUCUCCUUCGUCAACGUCAACGACCAGAGCGGCAACGGCGACCGGCUCUGCUUCAAUGUGGGCCGGGAGCUCUACUUCUACAUCUACAAGGGGGUCCGCAAGAUUUUAGAAUUCUUACAGGAAGGUCUGAUCAGGGAUUUCAGUGUCGACAUUUUAACAUUGAAACAAAUGGCUGCACUAUAUAGCAUACUUUCCUCCAAAGGCCAGAAGAUGAUCUCUUUACCUGAGAUCUUGAGCAUUUCCUCAGAGCUGCAUCUUUACUUCAUUAAGAUUCAUCAAACGGCAUUCUGGGAGCUCAGUUUGGUUGUUACUGCCCUGAUUCUGCAUUUCUUUGAGCUCCUUGGAAAAGUACCCAUGUAUUUUGUCUCCAAGAUGGUUUUCUUGAUAGCAGUUACUUCUACCUGGAGGGUGUCAGAGGCUGCUGACUUGAGUAAACCAAUAGACAAAAGGAUAUACAAAGGAACGCAACCUACAUGUCAUGACUUCAAUCACUUAACAGCCACAGCAGAAAGUGUCUCUCUACUAGUGGGCUUCUCUGCAGGCCAGGUGCAACUUAUAGACCCUAUUAAAAAAGAAACUAGCAAAUUAUUUAAUGAGGAAAGACUAAUAGACAAGUCCAGAGUAACCUGUGUAAAAUGGGUACCAGGGUCGGAAAGCCUUUUCCUAGUAGCUCAUUCCAGUGGAAAUAUGUACUUGUAUAAUGUGGAGCACACUUGUGGUACCACAGCCCCACACUACCAGCUACUUAAGCAAGGAGAAAGUUUUGCAGUCCAUACUUGCAAGAGUAAAUCCACAAGAAAUCCUCUACUUAAAUGGACCGUAGGCGAGGGUGCCCUGAAUGAAUUUGCUUUUUCCCCCGACGGGAAAUUUUUGGCAUGUGUGAGCCAAGAUGGUUUUCUUCGUGUGUUUAACUUUGAUUCAGUGGAGUUGCAUGGUACAAUGAAAAGCUACUUUGGGGGACUACUAUGUGUGUGUUGGAGCCCAGAUGGGAAAUACAUUGUAAUCGGUGGUGAGGAUGACUUGGUAACUGUUUGGUCUUUUGUGGACUGUCGAGUAAUAGCUAGAGGCCAUGGACAUAAAUCAUGGGUUAGUGUUGUGGCAUUUGACCCAUAUACCACUAGUGUAGAAGAGAGUGACCCAAUGGAAUUUAGUGGCAGUGAUGAGGAUUUCCAAGACCUUCAUUUUGGUAGAGAUCGAGCAAAUAGUACACAAUCUAGGUUAUCAAAAAGGAACUCUACAGACAGUCGUCCAGUAAGUGUUACAUAUAGGUUUGGUUCUGUAGGCCAAGACACACAGCUCUGUUUGUGGGACCUUACAGAAGAUAUUCUCUUCCCUCACCAACCUCUGUCAAGAGCAAGGACACACACAAAUGUUAUGAAUGCCACAAGUCCACCUGCAGGAAGUGGUGGAACUAAUCCAGGAAAUAAUGGAAACAGUAUCACAACACCUGGAAACUCAGUACCCCCUUCUCUUCCACGGUCAAACAGCCUUCCACAUUCUGCAGUCUCAAAUGCUGGCAGUAAAAGUAGUGUUAUGGAUGGUGCCAUUGCUGCUGGUGUUAGUAAGUUUGCAACCUUAUCGCUACAUGAUCGGAAAGAAAGACACCAUGAAAAAGAUCACAAGAGAAAUCAUAGCAUGGGACAUAUAUCUAGCAAGAGCAGUGACAAACUGAACCUAGUUACUAAAACCAAAACGGACCCAGCUAAAACUUUGGGAACACCUCUCUGUCCCAGAAUGGAAGAUGUUCCCUUGUUAGAGCCUCUUAUCUGUAAAAAGAUAGCACAUGAAAGACUGACUGUAUUAAUUUUUCUUGAAGACUGUAUAGUCACUGCUUGUCAGGAGGGAUUUAUUUGCACAUGGGCAAGGCCUGGUAAAGUGGUAAUGGCUUUCUCCUCCCUAGAAUGUGGAACAGUCAAAUGAAAUUUCAAGUUGCACAAAUGCUUUAUAUCAGUGAAUGAUGAAACUGAAGCUUAGAGGUGAAAAUGCCUUUCCCAAGGUCACAAAAGAAGUCUACAGCUGAGCCAGCUACAGAACCAAGAUUUCUGGAUUCUCGGACCACUGUCUGAACCACAAGAUGAUUCAUCCCCUUGUUAGUGUAAGAGUCUGCUGUAACACAGUUUUGUUUAAGACUAACCUGCAAUAUUUGUUUUUUCAGAAUUGUGCAGAGGAUUUAAAAAAAAAAUCAGAUCAGGUCCUUUUUUGCUUCUUUGAUGUAUAUAAAGGCCUGAAAACUUUCCCUUAUUUGUUUUCUGCCUUUUUUUUUUUUUUAAACCGUUAGGUAUCAGGAAUGUCAAAUCUGGUCUUCCUUGAUUUUGCUAGAGGACCUGUUGCAUCUCUGACCAUGUAUAUGUGAGCACUUACACCUUAUUUGAAAGGGCUGGGGUGUCAAAUCUUUGACAGUUUAAAAUUCCAAAAUGUUAAUUACUGAAGGUAAUACGUAUUAAUAAAAAACCUGUAAACAGUAUGACUGACUAAAAAUUCCUUCCCCAAUAAACUGCUUGCUUUCAUUCUCUUGA